UGUAGUGUGUUUAAAGAAGACAAACCUGAAAUAAUUUGAAAUUUUACGUAAAAAAUGUGUAGAACAUAACCUGCAACAUAUUUAGUGUACGUGUGGCCAUGUAUCCGUGUUUUUAAAAGUAAAUCAACCAGAAAUUGUUUAGAAGACGACAGAGUCGACCAACAAUCGACAAGAAAAUGCAUAACACUCGGGACACAUCUAAGAGGGAGCCGAAAUAUACCUAACUGAUAGUCGCAAGUGUCAACCGAGACCCAUAAAAGCAGACAAGUUUGCCGCUGUAUGCACGGGAAUACGAGGAACAGGCUGUCAAAGGCUAUUUAGCUCAAGGCAGAUCGCUAUGAAUCUGUAUACUCUAUAUGGCUGGAUCACUUCAUUGCUGCGCACGCACAACGGCAGCGUCAGCAACAAGGCAAUCGAGUCAGCCGAAGAGUUGCCAGAAACAUCCCCAGCAACAUCCCCGGCAACAUCCCCAGCAACAUCGCGCGUGACUGGAAAGAAACAUCCAGAAAAACGAGGCGAAGCGGCAACAAAUGUGGAAGUUGAGUUCUUACCCACGCUAACUUUUUUGUUCGAGCAGCGGCCGAGGAAGGCAACAGCUGAAGAGGCCCAAUCGCAAUUCACAGAGGAAGUGCAACAUGCUGUCAGCGACGCUGAUGGCGAGGCCAAUUACGCAUAUGAUUUUGAUAACGAUAACGACUCCACGCACACGUACAUAAUCUCUAGGAGCAGCUUGACGGCGGCCACAUGCAGCUCCAGCAGCACUCCGUACGCUGUCACAUCAACAGACACCGAGGAACUAUUAAGGCGGCAAAACAACCUCAGUCUCACGGAGGAGGACCAGUCCUCGUUUAGUAUCGAGCCGCCCACCAGUUCCAUGACAAUUGAGAUGGCCGAGCAACAUUCGGCCCCAACAACAGCAACAACGACUGCAACAACGACAGCCACGGCCACAGCAACAAGCUGUGCAGAGAUGGCAGGAGCUACCACCACAACAACGACGACCACGACAAGCAGCAGCAUUGAGGAGGACAUCGAAGAGGCCAUCGAGAUCAGUGAGGUGGAGGAGCAGCUCAGCUCCCACGUCGAGUCUCUGUCAGGGCCGGCUGCAUACCGCAGACCAAAGGAGCAACCGGGUGCCAAAAGUUUGAGUAGCAGCAAUGAUGACGAGGAGGAAGGGGAUGCGGGUGCGGUUGCGGAUGCGGAUGCGGAACAGUUUCGCAUAGAUGAUUCCCAGCUCUCGGGUGAAGAGUUGGCUCAGCACUUCCUUACGCUGAACGAUGAGAGCGAAGCCGACAAUGUACGUCACGAUGUACGUUCCAAAGUAGAAGUUAGUCUUUGCUCCUCAAAUGAUGAUGAUUUGGACAUAAGUCUGCCGCUGGGGCAGUCGAAACCAAUGCACUCCCGCCACGAAGACGAAGAUGAAGAUGAACCAGAUAUCGUGGACCAGAGCCUGAGCAACCAAAGCACCACAGAUGAUGUCUCAGAGCUUGCUGAGGAGCCGGUUCAGGCUAGAGGCGAGGAGAGAAGCGAGGCCAUUAUGAGUGCAAGUGAUGCACCGGAAACGCAGGUGGAUGAGGAGCCUCAGCUAACCGAGGAGAAGGAUCAUUCAAUGGAGGAGAUCGUGGCCAGCAACGAGUCCAUCGAGGUGACCUACGAAGCCGACGAGACUGCCAACACAUCGCACAAAGUGGAUCAGAUAACGGAUUUAGAUGAGGAGCAAGGGCAGGAGGCGUCCCAGACGCAGGAUGAGACGGUACAGAAUGCGGUCAGACCCACAGCCAAAGUGGAAACGCUCAUGCUGCCAAUGCUCCAGGAGCCUGUAGUUAUGGAGAACAAAGCUGCCAAAGCUUUGGACACUCUGUACCUUCAACCAGAGCCAUUCAAGUUGACCAUGCUGGAAUUGGACUGCGAUGAUGUGGAGGACGAUGAUGAGGAAAGUUCCCUGCAGCUGAUGAAACUGCGCUUGAUGGCCAUGAAUCAACAGAUCCUCAACGACAAUGGAGUCAAACUGUCACCCACAGAAGCGGACGAGCAAAUGAAUAGUAGCUCUAGCAGCAAUGCGGAGGUCAAGCAAAUGGAGCGAUUGCCCCUGUCAGAGUUCAGCAAAGAUGUGCUUGAGGAUAUAACCGAGGAGAGCGAGCGCCUGCUCUCCCUCAGCACCACUAUCGAGGAGGAGCGAGAGCAGGGGCAGGAGCAGGACCCACCAUCCCUAUCCCCCGAUGAAUCCAAAAAACUGCUUCAGCAGGCGGCCAAGGGAGCAGAAGGCAGUCAUUCCAGUUUGGCGAGCUACAACAUGCUGAAGCAGUUGGAGGCCAAAGUGCAGGAGCUGCACAGCCAGCUCGAGAUGAAGGACAACUGCCUGGCCUCCCUAAAUCUGCAGCUGGAGGCGGUUCGCCGCGAAAGCUGUGCGGGGCCAGCCUCUGCUCGAGAUUCCAGCUCCAUGAUGACCAAUUCCACGGAGUACCGAACACUGCAGGAAGAGUUCGGGGGCCCGACGCUGGACAUGUAUCUGGAGGUGUCCCGCAGAGAUGAGAUGAUUGCCAAGCUGACCGAAUCACUGCAGCACUCGAUGAACGUUCGCGGAGAGCUGCAGGCAGACGCAGAGCGCCUGGGAGGCGAGGUGCAGAAUCUGCGCAGGCAGCUUCACGAGGCCAUUGAUGCAGUCAAGCGAUCGAGUGCCGUGUGGCCAGAUCAGGAAUGCAAUCCCGGCCAGCGCAUUUCGGAAAUAUCCAUGGAUCUGAUUAGCGAGAGCGACGACGACCUGGAUCGACACUUUCUUACCGACAACGAGGAGCGAGGAUCGCGCAGCUCCAAGGAGCGACAAGUUCCCCUUCAUUCCCUCGACGACCUUGGCCUCCAACCCCUUCAGCCUGAGUGGACUCCGGCGUUCACCAAGCAGAUAGAACAAUUCCAAACCUACCUUCUGCCGCAAGAACAGCGGCUUUUCCUAAUGGUCCAGCGCAAGUUCGACGACUACCUCGGCCAGCAGUUGAGCAUUGUCCGCGAGCAGUGUGCGCAAGAGUUGAAGAUUGCCCGUGAUCAGUGGGAGAGCGAGAAGCAGAGUAAUCAGCAGUCCCAGCAGGCUACACACGCAAGGGAGGUGGAGGAGCUACGCAAGUAUUUUGAACACAAGUGUGCCGAACUCGAGAAACAGUUCUCCGACGAUGUCUUCUCACACAAAUCCCAACACCUGGCUGGCGACAGCUCUUCGGAGUGCUCCGAGGUGGAUCAACUGCCAGAGGAGGCCGUGGCCGUGGCUGCCUCCUCCGCCAAGGAGACGUCGCCGCGCAAGCGAAAACGGGCCGAGCUCUUGCUGAGUCCCAGUCACAGGCAAAUGACACCCUGCGGAUUAGAUUCCCUGGGGGAGUGCAGGAGUUCAGGGCAGAAUGACAAGGAAGACAUAGCCGAGCUAAAGAUAUUCUACCAGACGCAUAUGCAGGAUAUGAAACGCGACCACGAGCUGACGGUGCGCAAGCUGAGCGAUCGCAUUAAGUUUUACGAGCGCAGCCAAGGUGACGACGACUAUAAGCCUGCUGUCGAAUCUCCGCCACGUACCUGUCAAGGUGCGGGAGCGGCAGAGGUGGAGGGUUCGAAGUCAGCAGCACCCAACAUCUCGCUCAUCAUCAUUGACGAGGAUGAGCUGAAUUUCAACAACGAGUCUCAGGUUGUUCAGCGCAUUAUCGAGGAGUACGAAAGGCGAUUGCAGGAGCAAUUGGCGUUAGCCCGCCAGGAUAUUGCCAACGAACUGGAGCGGCAAAUACAGAACCUGCUAUCUGAGAACGCUGUGGAUGAUCAGCACUGGCCCAAGGAGCUGAUCUUGCUGCGGGAGAAAUUUACGGCCAAAAGUCAACUGGAGAUCACUCAGCUGAAUAUCAAACAUGCCGAUGAGAUGUCGCGCCUGAAACUGGAGUACGAGAAACAGCUGAAUCGCAGGAACAAACGCCACUUGACCUUCGACUCGAGCCGUGACCUAGAGCAGGUGAUCAACGAGCGCGAUGGACUUCGGGAGUUGUCGAAGAGCUUCCGCAGCGUGCUCUGCCGGCUGGCCAAGUGCGUGGCCAACUGUGAGGAGGAUCUGAAUGCCACGCUGUCUGAGGAAGUGCAACGUCUGCUGCUCCACAGUCACAAUCACAGUCACAGUCGCAGUCAGGAAGUCGGCGAAGAGUUGGAGCAGACGCUGAGCAGCUCCCUGAACAAUACGCGGCCUCUGCGUCUGGUCCCGGAUGUACAUAGUCUGCUAGAGUUGGUGGAGGAUCCCAGUCUGGUGCAGUUCAUUAAUAGCAAGAGCAACGAAGACAACAUAGAGGACUUCGACCUGACCGACUGUCUGGAGCGCCUGAAAUCAGAGGCCACCUAUCUGCUGCAACUCUCGGAGGACCUGCACAAGCAACGGGAGCACGAUUCCAACGAUUCCCUGGGAGAGCCGGAGAAGCAGGAGCAUGAACUGUGCUGCGAGGCGGAGGAUGGCCUCAAGACAACGGCUGCUGUGCAGCAGCAAUUGCUCUCCAAGUUCGUGCGCACCAACUCCCUCAACGACCAGCAGCUGGGUGUGGCCAAUCGGCGGAAGAACAGCAGCUCGGAGGGGGCAAAGACGCACACCUCCCUGCCGCACGAUCUGCAGCAGCACGCGGGCAACGCCUCAGAGAUCUCCUUCCAACUGGUGGAGCUGAAGAACCGCUUGAUCAAAUCGGAAACUGAUCGACAGAAACUGCAGCAGCAGUUGAGCAACACCAUCGAUCGCAAUGCAGAGCUGGGAAAUGAGCUGCAGGCCCUGCGCGAUCAACUUUCGCAGUUGAACUCGCUCAACCACACGGAUUAUAAUGAGGGCUACGGCUUGGGGCGGAUGAAAAGCCUCCAGGAGCAGGGCCUAGUCCAGUCGUCGGCCAGCUUUACUGCAUUGCAGGACCGGGCCCGUCACCUGCUCUCCUCGUCGCCCGGCAGCCAACAGGAUCAGCUGGAGCAGACUCGUGACUCGGGGAAUGCCACCGUCAUGCUGCUGCAGCUGAUCGAAGACUUUUGCCGCGAGGGCGACAAGGUGGUGGAGUGCAGCAAGAAGGAUCGAGAAGAUCUUCAGUCACAGAUCGAUACCGCUGACAAGCAGCUCAAGGAUACACGCCGAUUCCUGGAGGAUCAGGCCGCUGAGCGCGAGCAGGAACGCGACGACUUCCAGCGUGAAAUCGAGCUACUAAAGUCGCAAUUGCGCGAUAAGGAGAAGGAAUGUUGCUCCUAUGCCAAUGCCUCCGAGGAGUUGAAGUUCAGAAAGAAAAAGCAUUACGCCCAAUUGGAGGCCCAACUGCGUGCGGCAAACCUACAGCUGAGCCAGUCGAUCGACAAGAAAGAUAGGUUCGAGGUUGAGCUGAAGGCAUCCAUUGAUAAAAUUUUUGUGCUGCGCGAGAUCAUCUCGGAGCUGGAGACCCAAGUGCAGACCAAGUCACUGAACGAGCACGUGCUGGACGAGAAGACGAAACAGCUGGAGGACUAUGUCAGCCUCCAGAUGAGCGCCAACGAUGCCUUGCAGCAGGAGGUCCACAGCCUCCAGAAGGACAUCGGCGAGGGCUAUCAGUCUCGGAUUCGCCUGCUGGAGGAGAAGCUGCAGCAGGGCAGGCCAUCUGCAGAACAGAGCCUUGUCCUCGUACAAGUGGCUGAGAAGCUGCGGGACAUUGAAACCACGCUGGAGCAGAAGACAAAGGUCCUGGAAUCGCUGCACAACUCCAAUACCACCUCCAAUUCGGCCAGCCUGAGUGUCACCGAAGAUGUCUCCGUCCAUGGUGGCGGAAGUAGGCCACUAACCGCAGUGGGCUCGCCCUCGCAUUCCUCUCUGACCGUUGAGGGUGUGGAGCGGGUCACCCAAAUGCUGGAUAGACACACGCGCGUUGAAGAGGCCGCCAUUAAGCGGAUCCGCGAUCUGGAGAUGCAACUGCAGCAGAUGCGUUCCGGCUGUGUGGAGCUGCAACAUGAGCGGGAUUCCCUGCAGGGCCGCAUAGAUGAGCAGACCCUAAAGAUAUCCACACUGCACACGCGACUGGAGGAGCAGCGACAAAGGGCGGAACAACUGCAUCGAGCUGGCACCUCUGACCUGAACACACGCGUCAACGAGCUGCAAGGAGAGGUGAAGAAUCACAUCGAGCAGCUGGCGGCCCGGGACAAGCAGAUGGCCACCAUGCGACAGCAACUGCAACGCAGCAAGGAGGAGAUCACGCGCCUAGAGGCAGAGCUGACGGUGCUCACCAAACCCGAUCGCACUGUGGUGGAACGUCUCCAGGUCGAGCUUCAAAGGAAGGGUGACGAGAUUUGCAAGCUGAGGGAGAAGAUACGCACGGAGAUGAUCAAUCGAUUGGCGGUGCCGGACCUGAUGGAGACCAUGUUGGCGGACAAGAACGAUGAGAUCGAUCACCUGCGCGACCAGCUGGAGGCCAAGGAAAGAGAACUGCGGGUGGCUCAUGAGAAUGCCAGUCAGAACUCCUCGCCAGCAGCGGGCCCGGCUGAAAAGCAGGAAGCCAGUGCCAAGCUUAGUGCACGCACCCUCAGCGACAUAGGAUCGAUUACCGAGUUCCCCGAGCCGGAUGUGGAUCGCCGAGCAGCCAUGCUCAGUCUAAGUGCUCCCCUGCAGAUGGGCGAUGGUGCGGGCGGCUUUCUGCACCAGACAAUGGAAACUUCCAAGGAGGCUGUGGCCAAUCUCACGUACAAGCGCACUGAUGAUCUCAGUGGCUUUGCGGCUCCCUAUCCGAUCAACACGUUCGAGCAUCCUCAUUACUUCCAGGCCACGGGCAUCACGGCCCAGAGCAGCGAUGGUCUAACACCAGGUCUAGUGCCAAGACAGAUCAACUUUUCCAAUUUGACAGAGGAUUCAAAGCUAAAAACGCCCAGUUUGCUGAUGCGGACCCCGGAAAUGCCGAAGACCACUACCCCCGGGGAUGUACAGCAGCUGCAAAAGAAGCUAACCGAACUGGAGCGACAGAAGGAGCAACAGCAGAGCGAAAUGGAAGCGAAGCUAUCUGAUCUAGAAAAGCAGCUGCAGCAGAAAAAGGAGCAGUGGAUCCGACACGACAAGACUCUGCGAGGUCACGAGGAGAGCGAGGAAAGGUAUCGCCUGCGUAUCGAGUCGCUUGAGUCAAGGAUUCUGGAGGCGGCUGCCCAGGAGGCUGCCGAGAGGCAGAACCUACGCAUGGAGCUGAACUGCGUGAGCGCGGCGCACCAUCAGUGCGAAGAUGCGGCGGCUGCAGGCAAGCGAGAGCUUGAGAAGCUCAACAGCGAGGUCAAGAAGAAGGCGGAGCACCUGCAGACUGCCCUCAGGCGGUGUGCUGACCUGGAACUCCAAGUUCAGACUCUGGAGCGGGACCUGGAGCGACUGAAGCAUAGCGAAAAUAGCUCCAAGCAGUACUCCGUGGAUGAGAUUGCACAACAGGUGGAGAAGGAGCUGAACUAUUCGGCCCAGCUGGACUCAAGCAUCCUUAAGGCCAUUGAGAGCGAGGAAGAAAAUAAUCUGGACAAGAAGCAGCAGCAAAAGGAGGCUCAAACGGAGGAGGAACACUCCCCGGGUACUGGAAAUGGAACGGACGACGAGAACUUCACCGGAGAACGGGAAUUGCUGAACCAGCUGGAAGCCUUCAAGACCCAGUUGGCUGUGGAACGUGACCAAUGUGAGGCCUUAAGCAAGGAGCUGCUGAGCGAAAAGCAGCACUCGCAGGACAUUCAAGAGCAGGACGUCGUCAUUAUCGAGGCCAUGCGAAAGCGUUUGGAGACUGCCCUCGAUGCCGAGGAAGUGCUGCACAAGCAGCUGGACCAGGAGCGCGAGCGAUGUGAACGCCUUCAGACGCAACUUACCUCCCUCCAACGGGCCGAGAGUCGUCGCAACAGUUCGCUGCUCUCGAAGUCGCCCGGCGACUCGCCCCGCAAAUCGCCACGUGCCGACUUCGAAUCUGAGCUGGGAGAGCGCCUGCGUAGCGAGAUAAAGCUGUUGGCUGCACAGAACGAGAGGGAGCGUGAGCGAUCAGCGGAUGCUCAGCGUAGCAGCGAGCGGGAGCGACAGCGCUACGAGAAAGAGUUGCAGGAACGAGUGGCCUACUGCGAGCGUCUGAAGCAGGAGAUGGAGAAGCAGGCGCGCGACAAGGAGGCGGCAGAAGUGGAGCUGGAGCACUUCAACGAGCGCCUCACGCUGCAAGCUAGUGAGAUCCAGAGCCUCGAGGCGAGGCUGGUCACGCUGCAGGAGGCGGAGACCCGCAGGGCCAACACACGCACACGCCAGCACCAGGAAAACGUCAAUCUGCAUGCAGAAAUUCACGAGUUGAAGUCAAAACUGUUGGCUGCGGAGGCCGAACGGGAUUGUCUUGACCAGAAGGUCAACCACCUGCGCUCCGACGUGGGUCGAUCCGGUCAUCGCGAGGCCAAACUGGCCGAGGCCCUGGCACAAGCUAACGAUCGGCUCGCUCACAGUACGGACGAUACCGUGCCGGCGCAGUUCCUCCAAAAGAUGAAGGAGAUCAAUACACUGCUGGCGGAGAACACCCAGGAGAACCGUCAGAUGGCCGAGACAGUGCAGUAUCUGGUGGGGGAGCGGAUUGCUCUUCAGAGGAAGUGCGAAGAGCUUAGCGGGUCGGGCAGUGGUAACGUUGGAGAGCUUGAGGAGCGCUGCCGCCAGCUGCUCGGACGCUAUCUGCGCGUUGAGUCUCAUCGUAAGGCUUUGGUAUAUCAGAAAAGAUAUCUGAAACUAACUUUAGAGGGAUACCAGGCCAGUGAGCAGCUUGCCCUGCGAACCAUGGCCGGGGACGCACCGCAGCGAAAGUCCAAAAAGAAGUUUAAGACUGCUGCCCUAGCCAUAAUUGCCAUACAACGCAUCAAAUAUAUUGGACGCAUCUGGCUCACAGGAAAGCGGAUUGUGAGCAAAUCUGUUUUCACCAUAACCCAGCAGAGAAACUCGCAUGGCCUCAAUCUGAAUGUGCCGCCUCCCCAAUCUCCACUGCCUGUGCCCAACUCGAACCUACCCACCAAAAACAUCAUUUCGGAGCGCCUCGGUUAUGCGCCCAUCUCUCCCCCUCUGGUCGACUUUAGCACCCUGCAGCCAAUCGUGCUGUCACCUGACUACACUCUCCAGGAGCCAGCCCCUUCAAUGCCCAAGAACCACAACAACCAGAGCAGUCUACCAUCGCUGGCCAGGCUGGACUGGCCUACCAUGCAGAAGCCAAGGCGCGCGCAUGCUCGGCAUCAUUAGAGACUCGAUCUGAGACAAUCCGAGCCUAAUCCUGUCGACCAUGCUCAACUGGAAGCCUUAGCUUUUAAGCGAAGCCAUAUCAUAAGACUUUCAAUCAUCGCAAGGGCCCCCCAUGUAGUUUGUAUUGCCAUUUCCCACAACUAAGUGUUAAGCUGUUGAAACCUACUUUAAGAAUGCCCUGCCCCUUUGCUCCACGCCCCUUCCUACUUAGAGUUGUAGUCACGUCUGUAAAUGUUAUUCGUAGGUAUACCAAAACAGUAAUCCUAAUCCGUUUCCCAGUAUUUUUUUAUUGGCUGACCGAACCUCCAGUCAUUUAUAUUUAGUUAUUUCCUACGUUUGACUCAAUAAGUUUAUUAAACCAAGACCUAUUUUAACUU